AAGAAAUCAAAUUCCGAAAUUAGGGUUUCAACUAUUACAUAAGGAGUUUCCACCGUUUAGCUCACACUGUUCUUCUUCUUCGUCUUCCAUUUCCAAUUCUCUGUGUAGAAGCCAUGUCAAAGGGUCCUGGUCUCUACUCUGACAUUGGCAAGAAAGCCCGAGAUCUCCUCUUCAAGGACUACCACAGUGACCAGAAGUUCACCAUCACUACCUACUCACCCACUGGAGUUGCUAUAACAUCCUCAGGGACCAAGAAAGGUGAUCUUUUUGUGGCUGAUGUUAACACCCAGUUGAAGAACAAGAACAUCACCACUGAUAUCAAAUUAGACACUAAUUCCAAUCUUCUCACAACUAUCACUGUCAAUGAGCCUGCUCCUGGUCUCAAGACUAUUUUUAGCUUCAGAGUUCCUGAUCAAAGGUCUGGAAAGGUGGAAGUUCAGUACUUGCAUGACUAUGCUGGAAUAAGCACCAGUGUUGGGUUAACAGCAAACCCAAUUGUCAACUUCUCUGGCGUUGUAGGAACUAAUGUACUUGCCCUUGGUACUGAUGUUUCUUUUGACACCAAAAUUGGGGAGUUAACUAAAUUCAAUGCUGGACUGAACUUCACCAAAGACGAUUUGGUUGCCUCAUUGACUGUGAAUGACAAAGGGGAUGCCUUGAAUGCUUCAUACUACCAUGCAGUCAAUCGCUUGACCAACACGGCUGUUGGUGCUGAGGUAACUCACAGAUUCUCAACCAAUGAGAACACCCUCACACUUGGCACCCAGCAUGCAUUGGAUCCAUUGACCACCAUGAAGGCUCGUGUCAACAACUUUGGCAAGGCAAACGCUCUCAUCCAGCACGAGUGGCGCCCCAAAUCCUUCUUCACCAUUUCUGGGGAGGUUGACACUAAGGCCAUUGAGAAGAGUGCAAAGGUUGGAUUGGGUUUGGCCCUCAAACCCUAAAGAAUUUUGAGCUAUUCUGACAAGAGCAUUGAGGUAGUAGGCAUUAGGAAAGCACAUAGUUGUCUGUUAGACUGAAUUGUUUGUUCAAGGUUGAUUGUCUUGGACGGAAGUGUUCAUGGUAUUUUGAUGCAUUGAGCAAUUCAAGGUUGUAUUGUAUAAAUAAGUGAUAUAGACUAUUUCUAUAAACCAAAUGUACUCGAAAAUCACAAGAUUUUGAAAGUCUAGUUGAUUCCCCAAAUGUUAUUCGAAAUUCACAAA